GCACAUUUUUGCAAUCAGUAGAGGCCUUUCGAAUUCCGGAGAUCUGAGUCACCGCGUCCCCCAAAUUAACAAAAAAGAGAGGGAAAUCCGAGCGGUCUCGGGCGGGAGAUUUGUUGCUAUUUCCCUCUCCCUCUCCAUCCAUCUACUCAAAGAUCUCUCUAUCAAUCUCUCUCGAAGCCGCAUCGAGCCCCUCAGUAGACCAGAAGCCGGGCAUCACGCAUUCCUCCUCUCUUUUUUACUUCGCCUUUGGCAUUCCUUCGUUUUCCUAUUGCAAUGGCCGCGAAGCGAAGAAGACGGGCCGGUUCGACUGGGAGCACCUCAUCGGAGGAAGCCGUGGUGAUCGUAUUUGACUCGGAGCGUCAUCAGCUUGAGCGGCUCCGGCUUCGGCAGCGGUGGGAGCUGGCCUCUGUGUUAAACUUCUUGCAUGUUUUUGAGCCGGUCAUUCAGAGCGACUUGAACAUUUCUGCGGAAGAGAUUGAAACCGCUUUGAUCUCAGUGAAUACUGACCUGGGUCGGAUACACGUCUCUCUCCUGAAGGGGAUACCACCUGUAAGCAAAAAUCUCAAAGACAAUGACGCAUGGAUAACAAUAGUUUGCAAGAAGCUUGAUCCCUGGUGGCCAUGGGUUUCUGAAGGAGAAAAUCCACUUAAGCACAAUCAUGGGGAGGAGAUAAAGAAAUACAAAGAACUUGAUCCAUCAACCCGCUUGGUGAUACUGAGAGCACUGUGUGAAGUUCGGGCUGAGCAAGAUGAUGUAAUUAGGCACAUAACUGAUGCGUUGAAAGCAGGAGAGCAACUCACUACUUUCCGGAAAGAGAAAAUUAGCAGUGAUGAGAAUGGAAUCACUUAUUGGUAUGAUGGGGAUCCUAAGAUUGGUCAUAGGUUAUACAAAGAAGUAGUUCAAUUUGACUCAAAAGCCAAGUUGACAGGGAAAUGCAGUUCUAUGCUAUCUGAAUGGGAAACUAUAGCAACUAAUCUUAAAGAAUUUCGUGAAACAUCAGAGAAACUAUCUUCUAGCAUGUCUAAAACAGAAGCUUUUGUUGCCAAGAAAUUAAGGGAAGACGUCCUUCCUGUACUCGAGGAGAUUCAGAAGAAAAAAGAGAGGAUAAUCAAAAGGAAGCAAAGACAUGCUGCAUCUUUAGAUAAUUUUCAAGCUAUUCCUAGAAUUGGGAUUAAUCGUAUCUGCAGGCAGCGAAAGCCAGUUAACUACACUUACGAUGAUUUUGAUCGGUCAAUAUCUGAGGCUAUUGUCCAAAUGUCAAAGAAAUUGCCCACCAUCCAAAGGGAGCGUGGUGGUGGCAAGCAAGAUGCGAUUGUUUCCUGUAUCGAGAACCAAGGAGAUGAUAAGAGAACUGACGAAACUGAUUACGACGCCAUGGAUGCUGAGUUUGUCAAUAGCAAUUUAGAUAAUGGCAAUGCUGAGCAAGAAAGCAGUCUUCCAAUCCAGAUACAAAUAGGUGAUAGAGAAAAAUUUGACAGUGGAAAAUUAGGUUCUCGUGGUAAUCUCAAUCAAAGUGCAGAGAAGGCUCAUGCAAAAAUGAGGAAAAGAUUGAGACAAAGACCUACAGCUAAUCCCGAUUACAGUUCUGCUGUUGUUCCUGAUUCUGAUGAUGACGUGGCGGAUUUUAGCUGAGCAAAGCAUGUGCCGACUUUCAUGUAGGCUUCAUGUUAUAGUGAUUAAUCAUAGGUGGAACUUAUGAACUAGUAACUCAUUUUGGUAACGGCUGAAUGUUUCCAUCAGCUAGCUUUAAAGAGUUUAGUUUUGGCCACCAUAUACUCUUCUUUGCGACUGCAAGUUAGAAUUUAGUUUAGUUGUAUAUAAAACCUAACAAAGAUCUAGUGAACUGUGUUGCUUCUUUAGUGUU